UAUAAGGGUGUAUAAGAAACAAACGCCUCUGGAUUGGCCGUGAUUGUACUAGCUGCUCAUAUUUUGAUUUAUUUCUUAAUAUUUUUGCACGUUACAAGAAAUAAUUGCUCUUGGACACUGAUUUUUGCACAAGGGUACAGUGUUUACAUGGAGAGGACACAUGGGCCACUGUUCUUACUGUCAUAGAUGAAGACAACAAGUUAUGACAAUAAGCAACCAGAGAGUACUUUGACAAUUAGAGUCGGAGGAACAGCUCCUGUGUGUGCCAGUGUGUGGCUGAGCUGUUACCUUGCAAUGCAACGUCGAUCCAGUGCCUUUCACAACUUACUUCCAACAUGGGCCACCAGAGGACUCCAGACCCUUGAUCAAAGAGCUAAUAUCUCAAUUCAUCACAAGAAUACCUAUUUGUGUCUCUGGCCACUGUGGUCCACUGUAAGCCUUCUGUGCCUCUGCCUGCCACCUGCCUCCACUGCUGCCACCUUAAGGGUUGGGGUCGUGGGGCCUUGGUCAUGUGACCCUCUUUUUACUAAAGCUGAGCCCAGCAUGGCUGCACGAUUAGCUGUGGAGCGCAUCAACAAGGAUCCCUCCCUCUCACAGGGCAUCACAUUUGAUUAUGUCAUUCUUGAGGAAGACUGUGAUACAUCACAGUCUUUGGCCCGUUUUCUUGGUUACUAUACAAGGGCGUCUGGGUUUAUUGGCCCAAUUAACCCAGGCUACUGUGAAGCUGCCUCUCUGCUUGGAAAGAGUUGGAAUAAAGCAGUGUUUUCCUGGUCCUGUAUUGGUUAUGAGCUGGAUGACUCUCGUAGUCAUCCUACUUUUGCCCGCACCAUGCCCCUCCCUACCCUUGUGCUGCUGAGCUUCAUGCGACACUUUCACUGGGCACAUGUGGGCAUCAUUUCAUCAGCUGAGGAUGUCUGGAUGGAGACAGGCAUCAAACUGGCCAAUGCCCUGCAGAGUCAUGGAAUGCCAGUUGGCAUAGUGACAUCCAUUGGUAAUGACCACACCAGUGUGCGGAAGACCCUGGCAAAAGUCAAGAAGGUGGAGGGUCUCCGCUUGGUCAUUCUCUGCAUGCAUUCAGUGCUGAUUGGUGGAGGAGCACAGAAGUUGCUAUUAGAAACAGCUCAUGAUAUGCGGAUGACAGACGGCUCGUUGGUUUUUGUACCAUAUGAUACCCUCUUUUACAGUCUUCCCUACCAUCGCAUGGUCCAACCAGCCCUACGCCACAACAGCAAGCUGUUACGAGCCUAUGAUGCUAUGCUAACUAUUACUAUUGAGUCUCAGGAGGAACAUUCAUUCUACCAAGCAUUUGAAAAGGCCCAGGAGCAAGGGGAGCUGCCCAUGCAACUUAAACCACAGCAGGUGUCCCCAUUGUUUGGCACCAUCUACUCUUCCAUCAUGUUCAUGGCCCAUGCUGUGCAAAGAGUCAGGGAUUCAGGUCAGUGGAUGUCUGGGGGCAAUAUUGCCCAGAAUGCCCGAAACCUGGUAUUCAAAGGCUUCAGCCAUUCCAUACAAGCAAAUUCUUCUGGCUUUGGCAUUCUGGACUAUGUGGUGCUGGACACUGAUGGCUUUUCUUGGGAGUUGCAACCUACAUACCGUAUAGACAUGCAGACAGAUAUGGUGCGCUUUCUGGGUCGGCCGAUUCAUUUCCCUAAAGGAGGACCGCCAAAAACCGAUUCCAGCUGUUGGUUUACACAUGGGAUUAUGUGCAGUGGAGGUGUGAAUCUAUUCCGCUUGGUUUUAAUCUCCCUCUCUGGUUUUUUGUUCAUCUUCUUCUUGAUUGGCUGUUCUUACUUUAUCAGGCGUAGAAUUAAUCAAAUCCGAUUGGUGCGGGGUCCUAACAAGAUUCUACUGACUUUAAAUGAUAUCACAUUCAUCAACCCAUCUCUAAGCAAUAAGAAGCUGAGCUUGGAUGACAGCAAAGCCAGUGAGAUAAGACUGAGCAUUUCAGAGCAAAGCCACAAGUCUCCAUUGUCCAGUCAAUCGCCAGCCACCUACGAGAAUUCAAAUAUUGCCAUUUAUGAGGGUGAUUGGGCAUGGCUGAAAAGACUUCCGUAUGGAAACUUCCGAAGCAUUACCCCUAAAACCAGUGAUGUAUUUGAGCUGAUGAAAGAUAUGAGGCACGAGAAUGUUAACCUCUUCCUCGGUUUCUUCCACGACUGCGGAGUCUUUGCCAUAGUAACAGAGUACUGCUCUCGCGGCAGCUUGGAAGAUCUGUUGUUUAAAGAAGAUGUCAAACUGGACUGGAUGUUUAAGUCCUCUCUCAUUCUGGACCUCAUUAAGGGUAUGAAAUAUCUUCACCAUAGGAACAUCAGUCACGGAAGGCUUAAAUCCAGGAACUGUGUGGUUGAUGGGCGUUUCGUGCUUAAAAUCACAGACUAUGGCUACAAUGAGGUGUUGGAAGCUCAGAAAUUCCCUUAUAUUGAACCGCCAGCUGAUGACCUUUUGUGGACUGCCCCUGAGAUACUGCGAGGGUCCCACCCUGGUUUGUACGGCAGUCACCCUGGUGAUGUGUACAGUUUCUCUAUCAUCAUGCAAGAGGUGGUAAUGCGAGGGCCUCCAUACUGCAUGCUGGAGCAGUCUGUUGAGGAAAUUAUCCAGAGGGUCCAGAAGCCUCCUCCAGUGUGCCGGCCCAUUGUAUCCCCGGAUCAUGCUCCAAUGGAGUGUAUUCAGCUUAUGAAGCAGUGCUGGAACGAGCAGCCGGAGAGAAGACCCACAUUUGAUGAAAUCUUUAACCAGUUCAAAAACGUUAAUAAAGGGAAGAAGACCAACAUCAUAGAUUCAAUGUUGCGAAUGUUGGAACAGUACUCCUCCAAUCUGGAGGAGCUGAUCAGGGAAAGGACAGAGGAGCUGGAAAUAGAGAAACAAAAGACUGAGAAACUCCUCACACAGAUGUUGCCUCCGUCAGUGGCAGAGGCUUUGAAGCUUGGCACUACAGUCGAACCAGAGUAUUUUGACAGUGUCAGUCUCUACUUCAGUGAUAUUGUAGGAUUCACCACAAUCUCAGCCAAUAGCGAGCCCAUUGAGGUGGUAGACCUUCUCAAUGACCUUUAUACUCUGUUUGAUGCUGUCAUCGGCAGUCAUGAUGUCUAUAAGGUGGAAACUAUAGGUGAUGCUUAUAUGGUGGCAUCAGGUGUGCCCAUGCCCAAUGGGAACCGACAUGCAGCAGAGAUUGCAAACAUGGCCCUGGACAUCCUAAGUGCUGUAGGCACCUUUAAAAUGAGACAUAUGCCUGAUGUACCUGUCCGCAUCCGAAUAGGACUUCAUUCAGGACCUUGUGUAGCUGGUGUAGUGGGUUUGACCAUGCCGCGGUACUGUCUGUUCGGGGACACUGUUACUACUGCUUCUAGAAUGGAGUCCACAGGAAUGCCGUAUAGAAUCCAUGUCCAUUCCAGUACAGUGAAGAUCCUGUUGGAGAUGAAAUUGGGUUACAAAGUAGAGUUGAGAGCUAGGACAGAACUCAAGGGCAAAGGGAUAGAAGAAACCUACUGGCUGACUGGGAGGGAAAACUUCACCAAACCACUCCCCGUGCCACCUGUACUGAAGUCAGGGCAAAAGGCUCAUGGCUUGCAGAUGGAGGAAAUAGCCGCAUACAAGAAGCGGAAAGCAGAAGCACAGCUUGCAAAGAAGAAAAACUGAGACAAGAUUCUAAAGAUUUUAAAUUGAUGCUUCAGAAGGCCGUGAAGAAGAUCUCCACUGUGCGUCACGUGGCUCAUCUCACCCUUUCUGAUGAGGGCAAUGUCAUGAUCCACCAUCACUGAUGACCUUUCACCUCUUUUGACCCCACACCUUCAGGCAGAAUGAAAUGGAAUGCAGAGAAAUGGAGGACAAACUUUGAAAGCACCAUGUCCUCAUUCUUGCUUCUCAGCAUUUAAUGAGUCAAGCUUGAGUGAACUGUUACAGUAACUGCACAGGGACGUCUCUUUUGUUUCUUAUGGCAGAAAUUCAGAUCAUUUGAUGAGGCAUUCCUUAUGAAGAAGCUUUCAAUGUUUAGUACAAACUCCCAUGGAUGUCAUCACCAGUGCAUAUACAGUACUUUUAGCCUUUUUAAUGUAUUUUUAUUCAUUUAUUUAUAGCUUUGUCACAUAGAAGACGAUCAUAGAAAAUGAUCAUAAUCCAUGAUAGGAUACAAAUAUCAAAAUAUGUAUUACAAUGCAAGAAUCCCUAUUUUAUUGUGAUGGUAGCAGAUUGAGAUAGUUUUUAAUAUGAGGAAAGUAGACUGAUGGUGCAUCAAAUAAUUUAGUCUAAUAAAUGUAAUGAACUUUUUUGGUCUCAGAAUAUUUCUCUUUAUCAGUUUACAAAAACUCAUGUCAAGAAUAAAAUACUGAAAUCAAUUCUUACAAUAAUUCAAAUACAAAAUAUAAAUGGUUUAAACAGACAGAUAUUAUAUUUUAAAUAUAUAUAUAUAUAUAAUAAAAAAUAUAAGAGUACUGAGCUAAUGAAAAUAGCAUUGGAGCAGAAUGUGCCAAACUAUACUUUAUAGCGUCUUGAAAUGACUUCAGUCACUGAAAUGCUGUAUAACAGUGCCCUCUUGUUAUUGUAUCAGUAAUCGCAGCAGAUGGCGACCUAUAUUGUCAUACCCUAUGUGGAUUAUCCAGUAAUGAUUCUACAUAAGAAGACUGCAGAGCCGCGAGGUCACCCCUAACCAGAUUACCAUAGAAACCUGUUCAUAAACUCACAGCAAGUUUACUCUCCAAUGCAUUAGUCAAUUAUAAUAGUUAUGAGUUCUAUAUCUUCACCUUCUCAUUGCAAUUUCCAUGUUCCUUGGAGCUUUAUGGUCAUUUCUGUCAUUACUCAGCAUUUAUUAAGAAAUACAGAAUAUUAACUAAUUUCUAUUUUAUUAUUCACUGUCAGUGUUGGGUGUAAUUGGAUUACAAAGUAAUUAGUUACUGUAAUAUAAUUACUUUUGACGCACAAAAAGUAGU